GGCUGCUCCUGUCGGAAGCGCGAUUUUCAAACUGUGCUAGUUCCUGCGCUGUCUGUCCGUGUAACGCUCCGCCGCUGAGACCGUACCUGGCAGCGGAUACUGCACCUACCUGCUGCUACCCGACGGUCACUCUGUAGUGACUAUGUCUACCCAAAAUGGGACCAUGUCCAGCAAGAAAGAGGACAAAGGGAAAAAUAUCCAGGUGGUGGUGCGAUGCAGACCGUUCAAUAACAUGGAACGAAAAGCGAAUUCUCACUCUGUUUUGGAAUGUGAUGCCCAAAGGAGAGAAGUAUCCGUCCGAACCGGAGGCAUAAAUGACAAACUCGGAAAAAAGAACUACAUGUUUGACAUGGUGUUUGGCCCCUCUGCUAAACAAAUUGAAGUUUAUCGGAGUGUCGUUUGCCCCAUCUUGGAUGAGGUCAUUAUGGGUUAUAACUGCACAAUCUUUGCAUACGGGCAGACUGGCACUGGGAAAACCUUCACAAUGGAAGGCGAAAGAUCUGCAGAUGAAGAAUUUACUUGGGAACAGGACCCCCUGGCUGGAAUAAUACCUCGAACCCUGCAUCAGAUAUUUGAGAAGCUUUCAGAGAACGGGACCGAGUUCUCCGUUAAAGUGUCCUUGCUAGAAAUCUACAACGAAGAGCUCUUCGAUCUGCUCAGUCCGUCUCCUGAUGUUAGCGAGAGGCUGCAAAUGUUUGAUGAUCCCCGUAAUAAGAGAGGAGUGAUUAUUAAGGGACUGGAGGAGGUGACCGUCCAUAACAAGGAUGAAGUCUAUCAUAUUUUGGAAAGAGGUGCAGCAAAGAGAACCACUGCGUCCACUCUCAUGAAUGCUUACUCCAGCCGAUCGCACUCUGUGUUUUCUGUCACUAUCCACAUGAAAGAGACAACUGUUGAUGGUGAAGAGCUUGUUAAAAUUGGAAAGCUGAAUUUGGUCGAUUUAGCUGGCAGUGAGAACAUUGGUCGCUCUGGAGCUGUUGACAAGAGAGCCAGGGAAGCUGGUAACAUCAAUCAGUCUCUGCUGACACUGGGUCGGGUGAUCACUGCUCUGGUGGAGAGAGCCCCGCAUAUUCCAUACAGGGAGUCGAAACUCACUAGGAUCCUUCAGGAUUCCCUGGGAGGUAGAACGAAAACCUCGAUCAUUGCCACAGUUUCUCCAGCCUCCAUCAAUUUAGAGGAGACUGUGAGCACUCUUGAAUAUGCCCACAGAGCCAAGAAUAUCAUGAAUAAACCUGAGGUCAAUCAGAAACUUACCAAGAGGGCCCUGAUUAAGGAGUACACCGAGGAGAUUGAACGACUUAAGAGAGACCUUGCUUCAGCGAGAGAAAAGAAUGGUGUCUACCUCUCUUCUGAAAACUACGAACAAAUGCAGGGAAAGCUGGUAUGCCAGGAAGAACAGCUUACGGAAUUAACGGACAAAAUCUCAGCUGUGGAAGAAGAACUGAAAAGAGUCACAGAGCUCUUCACAGACAGCAAGAAAGAGCUGGAGGAGUGCACCACUGUGCUGCAAUACAAGGAAAAAGUUCUGGAGGAGACUCAUCGGAACCUGCAGGAAUCCAAGUUUCAGCUGGCUCAGGAAGAGUUUGUCGUGUCUGUCCUGGAGACCACUGAGAAGAAGCUCCACACCACCGCCAACAAGUUGCUUAACACCGUUGAAGAGACGACAAAGGAUGUGUCUGGGCUCCACGAGAAGCUGGACCGUAAGAAAGCUGUGGAUGAGCACAAUGCCCAGGUUCAUGAGACGUUUGCCCAGAAAAUGAAUAAAAUGUUUAAUGGGAUCCAAAAGUCUGUGGACGAUUUCAGUGUAAAGCAGCAGGGGAUGCUUGACUUCUACACAACAUCCAUGGAUGAUCUCCUCUCUGCCAGCUCGUUGGCUUUGAAUGCCACUGCAACAACCGUGGCAACAUCUUUUUCUUCAGUUCAAGAAACUGUAUCUCGACAAGUGGCUGUAAGCCUUGAGGAAAUCUUAAAACAGGAGUCUCUCUCUGUACAAGCCAAGGAGAACUUACAACUACUCAUGUCUGAACAUCAGAGCCGACUGGAAAAAGCUUUGAAUAAAGACUUACUGCCAUUAGUCACAUCUGUCAUGGACCUAAAUUCUCACUUGAGUUGUUGCUUGCAGAGCGUUUCAGCGGUGGCUGACAAGAUUGAUUCUCAGAAAGAGGACCUGAAUUCCUUUUUCAAUGCGCACUCCAUGAAAUUGCACAAACUGCGACUGGAUUCCAUCACGGCCCUUUCCGAUAUUCAAUCCAAACACGAGGGCUUGAAAGGGGAGCUAGAGACGGCACAAUCCCAGCACUCCGAGGGGGUAAAUAAGUUAAUCGCAUCUCUACAAAACCAGUUGAAUCUAUUCGCUAUGGAAACUCGUCAGAAUUUCUCCGAGCUUCUGGUGAAAGGAGGGAAGUUGCAGAAUUCUGUCUGUCAAUUGCGUGAAGAACUCGAUGGGCAUUCAGCGGAGGCGAUUGAACACACCGCAUCCAAUCAUAAAGUAUUUGAAGGACAAACACAGGACAUUGCUGCAGAAAUCAAGCUGUUGGCAGAGUCCAACAUGGAAGCAGUCCAGGAAUCCACCAAACAGUGUGAAAAAUUAAGCGGCAACAUCCAUGCAAUAUCUCAGGACACUGGAAGCUGGUGUGAAAUCGUGAAUAAUAAGAUAACAUCCCUAGAUCAGCAACAAAUGAGUUACUUACAGAGCAGUAAAGCACACGUGCAAAAUUUACAGAAGGAUGUAGAAGACUGUUGUGGUUCAUCAGUGCUGGAGAUUACAGGGCUGGUGGACAAGCAGCGUUCUGCUCAGGGGAACGCAUUGUCCAGCAUGGUGGAGCAAGUAAAGGAUGACAAGGAAAUGCUUGGGGACCAGAAACUGGAGCUGCUUGAACAAGCACAGUCUGGACUCAAUAAAGUUGAAACCUACCUCUUUGAAGAGCUUCGAUGCGAUGUGCCCACAGGUAUGACGCCUCAACGUAGACUAUAUUCUUACCCAUCAUCACUUGUGAAGAGCGACCCAAGAGACGUGCUCCUUAGUAGGUUUAAGAGGCAACAAGAAGAUCUUCAGGUCACAGUUUCCACCAUGCUAUCUGUGGUAGAGGAGCCAGUUGAUCAGGAUUCUUUGGAGGAUGACCCACCCAUGGUCGUCGAUGACAGUAUUGUUAGUGAAAAGUCCAUCAUUGAUCUCAAUGUUACAUGUCAAGAAAAUGGCGGUGUUCCCUUUUUCCAGCUAAAGAAAGGACACAAAAAAGAUAAGGAAAACAAAGCAAAUUCUACAUUGGAAAGAACGAAAGUCUCAGAAGACGGAGAAACGUCUCUUCCCAGAUCUAAACUUCCACUGAGGGUCCAAAACUAAUCUGUGUCUGAUUCUUCUGUGUCCUCGUCCUUCCUUUACAAAAAGAUUUUAAAAUAUUUUUAAAUGUUUUGUAUGUUACACAUUUCUAGUGUAUUUUUAAACAUGGCAGGAUUUUAUAUACCGGUAUGUUUUCUUCACUGUUACUGUAUACUGUUUGGAUUAAACUUUUUGUACAUAAAAUAUCCUCCCCAUGAUCCUAGAUUAUAUAAAAGUAACUGUACAGAGGGGAUCCCCCUACACUCCUUUUCUUUACGAACCGCUGCACUUAAGCUCAAGGUCUGUUUAAAGCCAGGUAAUUGAGAAAACACAAUGUGCUUUAGACAGUUUUUUGGUUUUUUUUUUUGUGGUGGGUGCUGUUUUGUUUGUUUGUUCUGUGUUUACUCAUUUUUUUUUAUUUCACUGUAGUUUGAGCCAACCACCUGUUUUUUGUGAAGCCCUAUGAAAUGGUUGUGUUGGGGCUCUGAAUAAGCCGGUAAUGUCUAACCUGCCCAGAUAUUUGUGUACAGCAAUCCCUUUGAUCCCCAGCCAGCUUUUAGGCCAAGCAUCAUGGGAAAUGUAGUCUAUAAACAUCUGCAGUCUCCGGUUAGCUAUAAAUAUUCUGUUGUAGCGGAGUUAACGAUCACUAUAUUAGCGCCGCGCUAAACUCCCUAGCCGACCAGUAAUGUGUAUAAAAUCAUCUCAAUAUACAGACUGGGACGUUCUACAGCCAGUCGAACAAUGCAACCUAUGCACAC